AUGAUUUCGCAUCAGGAACUGUCAGCCCAACAAGUUUCAUCCUAUCUGUUGGAUCUUGGUGAUCAUUACACAAGUCAUCAAUUCCAGAAUUUAUUCUGGACGUUGUUUGAAAAAUACUUUGAGGAGAUGCUCCCGGGUGUUAGAUGUAGCACAAAGUGCAACCUAAAUCUUGAUGGUGAUAGCACAGAUGAGCAACCAACAGAGGUUGAAAAUCCAGAAGACGAUCACCUGGAAUCACCACUGGAUGAAUCAAAUGAUGAGGGCUUGACAGUCAAAUUCGUAGAACAGGCGUUAGACGUUGAUGAGGUUGGAAUCACAACAGAUCAAAAGGGGCUCUUAAUUCCAAAGGCGAACCAAGUAAAGGAUUAUCACCUCAGAUCGCAAGAGUUACAAGGAAUGUGUUUGUGGGAUUUCGUUGCCCAUGUUGAAAAACGUAAGAUAAACAAGUGUAGUCAAGCAUAUUUGGAUGAAGAAGACCAUGUGGAUGAUUUGGCAUUUGAUGAGCAAGAACUUACAUCUGAAGAUGGCCUACAUCGAGGCAAUGAUAUACUGGAAGAAAUUGCGCCGACUUCGGUGUCGAAUGAACAUGAUUGUGAAUAUGAAGAUGAUCCGAUUGGUUUCAUAGCCAAACUCAUCAAAAAUGUGUUGCAUGCAUGA